AUUAACAGAGGCCUGAGGGCCCCAUUGUAGCAGGUUGAAACAAGCAGCAUGCAGCAGCCCGUAUAUCAGACCGAAGCAGGCGCAGGAAAUUGCUGCAAGAUGGGCAGGACUCAAGAGGCAGCAGAAGGAUAGUGUGAGCCACGGGCUGCCAAGCUAGGGAAGGAAAGGAAGGCUUUGUCUCUGAUCUGGAAUGAUAUUCUUUGCAAGCCCUUGAGGGGAAGGUGGAAGGAAGGAAGAAAUCUCCAGGAGCACACAUUUCGCUAAAGACUCUACAGUGAAAACAUGAGGACUCCACAGCAGGGCGAGUAUGAAAAAACUGCAAGUUGCAACCCAAGGCAUAUGAGGACUCAGGAGAGGUUGUGAAAAGACAUCAAAAAGCCAAAACCAUGUUCCUUUGUGCUCUGCUGUUCAUCACUUUCCUUGGCCUCCUGCUAGUCAUUAUCUUCACCGCUGUUACACGUAACCUAGAAACAUGCAACACUGCAACAUGCCUUGCUUUCCUGCUGAGGUUGCGGAAUUCCCUCAACAACACUAUUGAUCCCUGUGAUGAUUUCUACAGCUACACUUGUGGCAACUGGGAAGCUAACCAUACGCGGGGGCUAAACAUGCCGUUGGUGAAUGUCUUUGAUGUGCUAUUGGAAGAAAACCAGCUGAUCAUGAGGCGGCUCUUAGAAGAGCCACACCUGGGGUUUAACAGCUCAGCAAAGGAGAAGGCUGUACAGUUUUACACCUCUUGCAUGAAUACAGAACAGAUUGAAGCUCGAGGUGCUCAGCCUUUGGAGGAGCUCAUAGAUAAGAUUGGUGGCUGGAAUAUCACAGGAACCUGGAAGGAGACAGAUUUUAACCAGACUCUUCAGAUACUCAUGGGAAAAUACAACACGUUCCCUUUCUUUAUAGCAUUUGUGGGACCCAAUGCCUCUGAUCCAAGCAACAAUAUUAUCCAGAUUGACCAUCCAGAGUUUGAGCUGCCUCCAGAAACACAGUUCAAGAAACCAGGGACUUAUUCCCAGGUUCUGCGUUUGUACUUCCAGUACCUCACAAAGCUAGGACACCUGAUGGGAGGGCGUACAGACGUUACCACCACUUACAUUGCCUUGGCAUUCUCCUUUAUCUCCAACCUCCAGAAGGCAGUUACGCCCUUGAAGAUGCGAAAGGAAAAACGGAUGCUAUUUUACUCCACUACCAUCAAGGAGCUGCAGGAAAAGGCUCCUGCCAUUGAUUGGCUGUUGUGCCUCCAGGCUGCUUUCUACCCGGUGCAGCUGAACAUGUCUCAUCCAGUUGCUGUGCAUGACAUGGAAUAUUUGAAAGGGAUGUCGCAACUAAUUGGAGAAUGGCAGCACAAAAGGGAUGUACUACAGAUCUACAUGAUACUCUAUCUGGUUAGGAAUCUGUCCCCAGCUCUCGACAGACAGUUUGAGGAAGCUCAUCAGGAACUGACAGACAAGUUGAAUAGUAGGGCAACAAACUCAGAAAUGGUAAGAGCUGAGCGUUGGAGAAAAUGCCUACGUGAGACCAGCAUGUUCUUUGGCCCUAUACUUGGGAAGAUGGUUGUGCAGGAGACUUUCCCCCAGAAGGCCAAGGAUCUCGCUGAGCAGAUGUUCUCUGAGAUCCGAGAUGCCAUCCACAGCCAUCUGGAUCAAGUGGAGUGGAUGGGAAGUCAGUCCCGCCAAGAGGCCAAGGAGAAAAUUUAUAGCCUCCAGGUGGAGAUUGGCUACCCAGAGAGCAUCCUCCAAACAGAUGAAGUUGACAAUGAGUAUCAAGAGCUGCAGAUUUACGAAGAUCACUUUUUCCAUAAUGUAGUUUCCUGCCUGAAGUCUCUGAGGAAGAGAUUCUCCCUGAGACUCAUCAAUCCCCAUCUACAGGAUAAUUGGGAAGUUCCCCCAUGGUCCGUUCAUUCAUACUAUUCACUGAGGCGUCACGCUGUCGUUUUCCCUGCUGGAAUGUUCCGCAACCCUUUCUUCCAUAUUGAAUUUCCCAGUGCGGUGAACUUUGGAGCCAUGGGGUUUUUCAUGGCGCACGAACUGCUGCACUCCUUCUACGAUUAUGUGUUACCCGAGAACUGUCUUGCCUGUGAUAUGAAAACACUGGCACAACGUAUAGACUGUCUUGUGAAACAGUACGAGAGCUACUCCCUGAAGGGCCACAGCAUCAAUGGCUCUUUCACCCUCCUGGAGAAUGCAGCGGAUACUGGGGGACUUGCCAUGGCUUACCAGGCAUAUAAGAACUGGUUGGAAAAACAUAAAGAGGUGAAGAAGUUGCCUUGGCCUGAGGUCUCACACCACCAGCUCUUCUUCAUGAGCUUUGCCCAUGCAAUGUGUGGGCACCAGAGCCCUGAAGGACUGCAAACCUUCUUGCACAGAGAUCCACACAGCCCCCCGCCACUCCGUGUCCUUGGGUCCCUAAGCAACAGCGAGGAUUUCUCCAGGCACUUCCACUGUCCGAGUAAAUCACCAGUGAAUCCAGCUGUGAGGUGCCACAUCUGGUAAAAAAAAAGAUGCUGAAGAGCAUGUGGGACUGUUGGUGCAAAAAGAUGGAGACAGACACUGAGGGCUCAUGUGGAUUCGGUGGUGUCAGCGAAGUGCGCAGCAGACACUUACCCCAUUCCUUCCAUGUGCAAUGCCCCUUCUUCCUCUGCUAAGUCCAUCCAAGUGGUCAAGGUGGAAGAAGAUUCCAUCAAGAAGGAAGAGAAUACAGAGAAGAUACUGUGUUGCAGAAAUUUGCUACUUCUUAAAAAAAUUUUUUUUACCCUAAAUGGCCUUAGGGACAACUUGGAACUGAGGAACUGAAGAUCAGUUGGCAAGUCUCUGGUGACUGUGUUUAGUGGCUCUUUUCUAAUCAAAGAUGAAAAUAACAGUGAGAGACUUUCUGAAUAGUGUAACCCGUGCUAUUUUUCUAGAAAAAGAAGUGCCGGAACCGUGAACGCCUCCUUUGUUCUCUUAUAAUGGCUAUGGCGCCCACCUGAGAGGUGCUGGAACUCAGUUCUGCCAAGUUCUGGCUAAAAAAAAAAAGUCCUGACUAUAACCCCAUGGAACAAUGAGACACUAAGAUUCAAUUCAUGUCAAACAUAAGAUGUGCUAACUUAGACCCAAACCAUGACCUAGUUCUUGGUGCCACAGGACUUGUUGUUGUUUUUUUUGCUGUGAUAGACUGUCUACCCCUCUCAUUUAAAGUGGUAAAUCUGUGUCUGUACUACUUCAGAAUGCAAGUAAGGGUUCAUGUGUCUGCUUAUUCUCCAUACAAAAAUUUGUUUCCAUAUAGAAAACUAGAACAGAGUUCCAUCUUGCCUUCUCCUUUACACGCUAGUUUCAUAAAUUCAGGGAUUAUUCUAUAUGAAGGAGUAUUCCAUCAUCGAAGUCUGAAGUCGUACGCUCAACACACAAGUUGACCACUUCAUUGAGAACUAGGCCUGCCAUGGUUUGAUCUUCUAAAUCCCCAAAGGCAAGCCAUAGUUUAAAGUUGCUUAUUUGCUUUUGUCCCCUCAGCUUCAUGUGUCUUCCUCCACCUCCAUGGUGUAGUGAUAAAAGAAAUGGUGAUAGCUAUGGUUUUGUGAAUUUAGACUGUGCUAAACUAUAGUUAGGGAACACCAUGGUUUCCAAACCCAUUUCAAACCAUGGUUUCUAACUCUGGUUUGCUGACUGUUAAUAAAUUAUGGCCUGUCAAUUUAGACAUCGCACCAAAACCAUGAAAAGUUAAGGUUUGGUGUGAUGUUUGACUUGAACCUAGAUGAAUGUACAUUGUU